AUGCAGCCUGUUGUUGCUAAAGUAACUCAGGGAUAUGAAUAUUCAAUGUCGUCGGAGACAAGACUCGAGAAAUUAUGGAUCCUCGUUCAAGCAAUAAAGCAACCUAUUUGGAGAGUGGAUGCUGCUAUAAAUAUUUUUCAUCUUAUGCUUCCAAAUUAUGUGAAAUUCAAACCUCUUAGAGAUUGUUUUAAAGAGUGCUUUAUUCGUUUAAUAUCGUGGUUAGAAGAAAUCAAACCGAUUACACCACUUUUAAUCUAUGUUGCACUCUUUGUUCGUUGCAUGUCUGUCAUUCGCGAUGAGAGUUUUCCGUUGAAAAAAGGACUCAUUUAUAAUAUAAUACAACGAUUGGAAACAGUAAAUAUGAAUGAACAAUCAGUCAUUUGUGAAGCACUUGUCACAAUACCACCCUUUCGCAGUGAUGUGUGUCAAUAUGUCCGCCAUUUACAGUCCUCUGGUAGUGCGUUAGCAUUUAAUCAAAUUUUUCCUUCUAAUUCUAAACUUUUCUCCAAAUAUUUCUCUAUGAAAUAUUUUCGGACAUCGAAUAUGAGCAAUGUUCGUUCGACGUUGUUGACCAGCAUGUAUCUAUAUGAAAUGACAUUUUAUGUUCGUUUCCUUGAUGAUUCUGUGAUAAAGAAAACAGCCGAGUGCCAUAUUGAACAAGAAUUGGUUCCAGCAUCGUUGCUUGAAAAAUGUUUAAUAGCACUUGAAAAAGAGCUAACAUGUUCGUUGAAUGUUGAAGUAGCAUCGAGUAUUUGUAAGCUUCUUUCAUCAUCAAUCACCGAAGCAGAAAAAAUGGAAGUGUCCCGACUUCAAUACACUUUAGUAAAAGAGGAGAAUGUUACUGAAUCUGCACGUAAUUUUGUGCUAGAAUGGCUUAACUAUCGCGAUGACACCAUACUGAACAUGUUUGCCUAUUAUGGUGCAAUUCUAUUAGCCUCAUCUAUACCCUGGACAACAACUAUUGUCGAAAUAUGUUGUCAAUUAAUGAGUAAUGAAAAUGACCAUCUUCGUACUAGAGCUAUCAAAUUAAUCAAAAGUCACGAAUGGAAUAUGGAGAAGGAGUGUACAAAUAAAAUUAUUGAUUAUCUCUACUAUUGGAAUGAAAAAGAGAUGAAAACAUUUGGUGAUAUUGAACAUCUUUUAUCUACUCUAGUUGUCAACACGAUUGAUCAAAUGAAAAAUGUUUUAAAGUUCGAACGUGAUAGGUUUAAUAAUUUUCAUCAGAAGACAUCCAAAUACGAAAUAUCUUUCUUUCGAUUAAUCAAGGAAUUAUCAGUCAAAGCAAGAGAUUAUGUUAUUGAUCUCAUAGUAUCAUUGUCAAAUAGUUCAUCCGACUCAGCCGAUCUCUCGUUUCUGCAAUGGUUUCUUGAAUAUUUACCUGGCGAUUUGUUAGCAUCUGAUGAAAGAUUUGCUGAGUUUCUUGGAAGACUUUUGGUUGAUUGUCACGAAACAAAGCUAAAAACCAUCGUUAGAAAAAAUCUAUUACAUUUCCCAAACAACGAACAAAUUCAAAAUAUUCUCUGGACUACUAUUACAAAUAAUAAACAAGAGAAUUUGGAUGAAUUCAUCGCUAUAUGUAUUUUUUCGUUAUAUAUGAAUGAUGAACCUCAGGAUGAAAUUGUUGCAAGGGAAAAGUUGGAAUAUCUUGAUCAUCUAAGACAGCAUUCAUCUUCAUUGCUUAUUCGUCACGCACCAUUAGCUAAGUUGUACUUACAUGUAAAGGAUAAGCCAGAGACAUACGAGAUUAUCGAAGUGUACUAUUCGUACAUGACCAGUACAAGUGACCGUCUGACAUCGAAUUCUGAAAUUUCUUCUACUAAAAUUGCAGCUCGUUGGAUCACAGAACACGCAGCGACUCUUCUUCCAUUAUUCAUUGAAGAUAUGUGCAAGAAUUUUGAUUAUGAAUCAUUUUUUGGAAGUCUUGAUUAUAUGAAGGUGGCGGAAUUACUUUGUCACGACAUACCAGCUGAUUUUCGGAAUGCAGUUCGUCAGAGUUCGUUUGGUGAAGUUGCUUUUCGGAAAGGUGUCUAUGAAACAAGUAAAAAAGUUUGUUUAUUGACUCAAGAGCAGUGCAUAGCAGUAUAUGCAUGUUUUGAAGAGGUGUCUGUAAAUCUUAUUGAAAUGAUCAUGCAAGCGGCACUUGAGUCAUCAAGAAAAUUAGAUAUUUCUUGUUUUAUUAAAAGUGUGCGAAUUAUGUCAGGAUGUCAGUCGAUUGAAUCUCUUUUCAACAUCCUCAACUCAAUGAAAUCAUUGAAACAACAUUACACUGCUGCUGCGUUACUAAUCUAUCUGGCUUCUCUAAAUUAUGUUUCUAUUAUCGAAGUAGAAGAGCAAUUAAAUGCAGCUAUUGAAGACCCCUGGUCGCAACAAUUUUUCGAAACAGAUAACGAGAAAACCAGGGCUGAUUAUUCAUUAAAGAGACUUCUACUUACUCUUUUAGUGAAAGAAGAUCAUUCUGGAAGAAUUCAAAGCUUUAUGGAUGAUGAUUUGAUUAACGAAGCUUCUGAAUAUAAGAUUCCAGCAGCAAUCUUUGAUAAAACCAACCGAUAA